AUGCGCACCUCCCUCCUCGCCGUCCUCCUCGCCUUCUCCACCACCGCCUUCACAGCACCAACUGCACCCCCAACCCCGCGCUCCCUCAUAACCGACGUCGGCGCCGCCCUCUCCGACCUCGAAGCCGGGCUCGGUGUUACCGCUGCUGAAGACAAACUCGACGCCCUCCUCGGCAACAGCCUGACCAAACUCGAAGACGCCCUCGGUGUCACGUUCGCCGAGUACGCGCUCGGUCUGCUCGAGCAGGGCGCCGCGCCCGGUACGAUCCAAGCCAUUGGCGAGGCGAUCGCAGGCCUGGAGGAAGGGCUGGGCAUCGACGAGGUGGAUGCGAUGUUGGACGAGGCGACGGGGGGCGCGGUGUCGAGUCUGGAGGAAGCGCUGGGGGUCGCCGAUGUGGAGGCUGCGUUGGGGCUUGUGAAGAGGGGGGUGUGAAGGCGAUGGUUGUUGUCACGUGCACUUCAUGGACCCGUGGACCUGUGCAGGUACGAGCAGCUGUUACACUCAUGUCCAGACCAAGUUGUAGACUGCUAU